UUGCUUCCAGCCUUCAAGCAAUCACCGUCGUUGUCUAAUUUCGAGCAAUACUUACACCGGUCUUGCAGAGUUUGACAGUUCCGUGACUUCAUCACGUCCAGCCACAAUGAGUCGUCCUUUGACCAGUGGUUCUAGCAGACCCUGGACAGGGCAUUCUACCAACCGACCAUACACAGCACAAUCCAGACCCGCUACUGCGCGCCCUCAGACAGCUGUUUCAUCUAGACACGAAACAAGUUAUAUUGUGGCCGUCUUAGAGGGAAGAAGCUUAGGUAGGGACGUCGGGAUGGCGGCUCUUGACAGAGAUACCGGUAAAGUUAACCUCAUUCAGCUGGCCGACUGCCCAACAUACGUCAAGACCCUUCAUCAAUUGCACUUGCAUAUGCCCUCUCUUAUUCUUGUUCCAGACACUUUCCUCUCCAUUGCCAAUGAUUCUCUAGCUUCUGGGGGGAAGAAGCCUGCGACAACCUCUCUGCUUGUACAAUGCAUACUUGAGGAAUUCGAGUCUGUUUCCGUCGAGCCAGUGAUGCGCAAAUAUUGGAAUGAGACAGCAGGGCUUGAAUUUGUGAACCAACUGUGCAUUGAGGAUGACGAGCGUGCAGCUACUCUGAUAGCCUCCGCGAAUAAGUAUUAUGCACUCUCUGCGGCAAGCGCACUCUUCAAACAUGCAGAGUAUAAGUUGAAUACUCGAUUUUCUCCUUCAUCUCUUCGUAUUCGUUAUGUUCAAGUUGACGGAACAAUGAUGAUCGAUCCUGAGACAGCAAGAAACUUGAAGCUUGUCGGUAGCAUGGCAAGCAAGAAGUCUUCGCAUUCGUUAUUCGGGGUUCUCAACCACACAUAUACUGCGAUGGCAGCGCGUUUGCUUCGCGUGAACUUGCUAGCACCCAUCACAUCCCAGAAUGCCAUUGAUGCUCGCCUUGACGUUGUAGAACCUGCCCGGAGUGAAGACCGGUUCAUCGAAAUCAAAGACGCUCUGAAAACCUUGAUCAAGAUGGAUUUUGACAAAAUCAUCGCAACUUUCACAGUCGCAGAAAAUUAUGACUUUGCUUCCGCGAAGGUUGCAUCGGCACGCGUUACGCUCAUGCUCAGGUUGCGUAGCAUCGUGAAGAACCUUCCACUAGUGGCAAAUGCUUUAGAAGGCAGUCGUUUGCAACUCCUGCAAAUUGUCAAGGAUAUGAUAUCGGAUAGUCGCCUUGAAGAGAUUGAGGCUGUUAACUCACGUGUCUAUGCUGUGGAGGCGAACUGCAACCGUUUACUGGAUGUAGCAAGAGAAACUUACAAGGUGAAUUUCUCGGACAUUUUCAACCUCAAUUCGGAGUUAAGCAAGAAGCAUGAACUCCUUACUCUUGUUCACCAAGACACUGGAUUUAUCUUCCAGUUGAAGUUUGAGCUUGAAGGAAAUGAACUUCCUCGGGGUUUCAUCAAUGUCGUCGAUAAGAAGAGAAAGUACACGUUUUCUAGCCUAGAUUUGCAAAAACGUAAUGCACGUAUGAAGGAUGCACAAGACGAAACUCUUGUUCUGAGUGCAAAAGUCAUCAACGAUCUCAUUCAAUUCGUCGUGGCUAACAUAGGUGCAUUGUACAAGGCGUCCGAAGCCGUUGCUCUCCUGGACAUGCUGUGGUCUUUCGCUCAUACCUCCAUUAUGCGCCCGGAAUUCACAGGAACGCUUGUAAUAAGGGGUGGGAGACACCCUGUGCUGGAAGGUGUUCAGACCGCCGGGAUGACUGUCCCGAAUGAUGUCUACUGCUGUGAUUCAUCAUCUUUUCAGAUCGUUCAAGGCAAGAGCACGUACCUGCGACAAAUUGGUUUGCUUACGGUUAUGGCGAUGAGUGGGUGCUUCGUAUCAGCGGAAUAUGGGAGCUUUCGGAUUCAUGGCGCACUUCUCACACGUCUGUCUAACGACGACGACAUGAAAAAGAGUCUAAGCACAUUCGCAAGCGAGAUGGCAUCGUCUGCUAUGAUUCUCGGAAUCGCUACAUCGGAUUCCUUGAUUUUAAUCGUUGAACUUGGUCAUGGUACUUCUCCUACGGAGGGUGUCGGUAUAUCUCACGCCAUCGCGGAAAGACUCAUAAGAACAAAGGCCUACGUAUUCUUCGCCACGCAUUUCGGCGAACUUUCAACCACGUUGUCCCGUCAGCCAUCCGUCGUAGGCCAUGUCAAGAACUGUGGAGCUGAUCGAACUGAUUUUGUUCAGAAAUCCCGGAGGUCUGCUGCCAACUUCGGCAUGACAUUCCAAAACAAGAUCGUCGAUGGUGCGCCAGAGGAUAUGGAAGACUACGGCUUGGACCUUGCCCGGCUAGCGGAUCUACCACAAGAUGCGCUAGUAGAGAGUAGACGGGUCGCCGAUAAACUGUCCGAGUUGGAAGCAAGACAACAUGAAGAGAGCAGAACAACAAAAGUCGCUAUUCGAAGGAAGGCACUCCUACGGCUCAAAACACAACUCACCCAAGCUCUAGACCAUUCGACCCUCCCUCCGGAAGAACUUCGCAACUAUGUCGCUCGUUUCCAGAAGGAGAUCACUACUGUUUCGCACGAUACACUCUGACUAUUUUCUCGCAUGGCUACUUUCUAGUUGACGACGGCGAACCUGAUGUCUUCUCCUUCCUUUGCUGGACUUCGAACGAAUGAGCGGUGUCAACUUGCGCUUCUUGAACUGGCAACUUGUGCUGCAGAUAGACCAGUCACAUCGACCGUCAUUAUGUGACAAGCCAGUGUCCCGUACUGAUCCAGCAUAGACUGGAGACCGAAACAUCCUCAGUAAAGAAUCAAAAUCCCG